AUGGGUUCCAUUUUAUCAGCAGCAGAAGAUGAAGAACAAGAAGUCUUAAUUCGCAAGGAGCUAGAUUCAUAUGUUCAGCCAGCCAUUUCUUCUUCUUUUCCAUGUGACAAUGUUUCUGAGGAAGAAAACAAUUUGGACUCUCUUUUUCUGGCACCUUCUUGUUUUGUAUUUGUACCCGUUGCUAUAGGAGCCACUCUUGUUGCAUAUCUUGCUCCAGUAGCAGCAGGCAGUGGUAUUCCUGUGAUAAAAUGUUACCUCAAUGGUGUGAAAGUUCCAGAAGUUGUUCGUGUCAAGACUUUCAUAGUGAAAGCGGUUGGUGUUGUUCUAUCGGUCGUUGGUGGACUUGCUGUAGGAAAGGAGGGUCCAAUGAUUCAUUGUGGAGCAGUAAUAGCUGCUGGAAUAUCCCAAGGAAAAAGCACAACAUUUCGUAAAGAUCUAAAAAUAUUUUAUAGAUUUCGAGAAGAUCAUGAAAAAAGAGAUUUUGUGUCUGCUGGUGCAGCAGCUGGUGUGGCAGCUGCAUUUGGAGCUCCUGUAGGUGGAGUUUUGUUUAGUUUAGAAGAAGGUGCAAGCUUCUGGAACCAAACACUUACCUGGAGCAUUUUUUUUUGCUCAAUGAUCUCAGCUUUCACUUUGAAUUUGGUGCUCAGUGCUUAUCAUAAUCAUCCUGGACAGCUCUCUUACUCUGGGUUGAUUAACUUUGGAAAAUUUGAUAACAUCAGUUAUAGUUUUGUGGAAUUACCAGUUUAUGUACUUAUGGGAACCAUAGGUGGCCUUUUUGGUGCUCUGUUCAAUUAUUUAAAUCAUAAACUCACUGUUUUCCGACUUCGGUACCUAUAUUUGAAAUGGCUUCAAGUUACAGAAGCUUCACUUGUAGCCAUGAUGACAGCAACAGUUGGAUUCACCAUGAUAUAUUUUUCAUGGGAUUGUCAAGUGUUAGGAAGUGAUCCAGUUGAGUAUGCACUUCAGUUUCACUGUGAGGAUGGGAAAUAUAGUGCCUUGGGUGCAAUCUGGUUCCAAACUCCAGAAGCUAGUGUAAAGAGCCUCUUUCAUGAUCCACCAGGGUCUUGGACUCUCACUUCUCUGGGGAUCUUUUUUCUCUUCUACUUCCUUCUGGCAUGCUGGACAUAUGGACUUAGCGUUUCUAGUGGUCUCUUCAUCCCCACACUUCUUGCAGGUGCUGCUUGGGGAAGAAUUAUGGGCAUCUGUGCUGAAUGGUUGUUCAAUGGACAGGACUGGGUUUGUCCAGGAAAGUUUGCUUUGAUUGGAGCAGCAUCCAUGCUGGGUGGUGUGGUACGAAUGACAAUCAGUUUGACGGUUAUUCUGAUUGAAGCAACAGGAAAUAUUACUUUUGGUCUUCCACUGAUGAUAGUCCUUAUGGUGGCCAAAUGGGUUGGAGACUAUUUUAAUGAGGGCCUGUAUGAUAUUCAUGUCCAGCUUUCUAGUGUUCCACUCUUGGCUUGGGAACCCCCACCCCUGUCAAACAACAUCUAUGCCAGUGAAGUGAUGAGUCAUCCAGUAACAACUUUCUGUACAGUGGAGAAAGUUGGUCGAAUAGUGGAAACGUUAACAUCAGAGCCUCACAAUGGUUUUCCAGUAGUUGACAGUGAUGAGCCAGCAUCCUUAUCAACUAAUCGAACAUUUGGAAGGUUUCGUGGAUUAAUCCUUAGAUGGCAGCUUAUUGUACUUCUACAGCACAAGGUUUUCAAUGAAACAGCAGAAAGACAGUGGGCUAACAAAAAACUUACUCUAAAUGAUUUCAGAGAUGCUUAUCCAAGAUACCCACCUAUACAACGGGUUCACAUAUCACCACAGGAGAAAGAGUUUUCUAUAGAUCUCAGGCCUUUUAUGAACCCAUCAACUUAUGCAGUUUCACAUACUGCAUCUCUUCCUCGUAUCUUUCGCCUCUUCAGGGCUCUUGGACUUCGACAUAUUGUUGUAGUCAAUGAUCAACAUGAGGUUAUUGGAAUUGUGACAAGAAAAGAUUUGGCUCGAUAUCGCACUUGGCAACACAGAGGCAAGAUGGGUUUAGAAGAACUCAAUAUUUAUGUAGGCUGAGAAGUAGAUGAAACAAUUUUUUCAUGGUUACUUAAGAUCCUGUAUGACUUCAUUGAAAAGACUGAACCAUUCAGUUUCUGUAAGCUCUGUAAAAGAUAAUUUUAUUUAAAGAAAAUAGGAAUUUUUGUAAUUAUUCUAUGUUGCACUGAAGAUAUUUAAUAAGAUGAAACUAUAUGCAUGUUAAAUAUUACUUUUUCUUCUUUUUUCUUUUGUAUUUUUUUAGUAUUUAAUUGCCUUACAAAUAUAGAUCAUCAAGGUGAACAUAAACACCAAUAAACAUUUGGAGAAAAAUAAAUGUUCAAAUAAUACAGUGAUUGAGUACUUUAAAAUGAUGUUUCAUUCAUAAGCAGAUAUUUUAGUGUAUGAAUGUUACUAGCAGCUUGUAAUGAUUGCCAGAGUAAUUGACAAAAUAAAAAUGCAUAUAUUGCCUUACUGUAUGCCAUUUACCAUAAAACACAUAAAUUAUUAACUUCUUAUAAGCUAUAAGUAAAGGCAGAAAAUUUUAAAAUUUGUUCGAAGUAACCACUAAAAACAAACAUGUAGGGUUGAAUUUCUGAGGCCAGUCAGUCUCAAUGGUAGGGAAAAAAAUUGUUCAUUAGAUCUUCUUUGAAAUGAAAAAAAUGGCAUAAGUAGUUGAGUAUUGAUACGGAAAAAAAUAAAAGGUAUAACUGGUAUGGAGUUUGAGAAAAAUAGAUAAAGUUGAAAAAAUAUGCUUGGCUGCUCAGUAAGACAAAAAUUGCUGAAAACUUUAGUUAUAAACCCACGAAAACAAGUUGUAUAUAUAUAUAUAUAUGUAUAUAAUUUUGUUUGGAAAUGCAGAUAUGGUGUAAAAUAAUCUGAAUUCAAAUGUUAUGUCAUGUAGGCAUGUAUCUUGGCAGUUUAAGAAUGGCAGUGGUAGUGAGGCCCAGGUCAUACAGUUGUCUUUACUGAAUUUGUAUUUGUUUAUGUUCUGCAUAUGUUAUAAGGAUUGUAAUGAUUUGUUUUUGUAUCUUUAAGAAAUGAAAAAUCUGUUAUCACCCAGGUGUCACAUUUGAUGUACUAAUCUUUUGAGUGUGACCCUGUAAGUUGUCAUAAAUACAGUACUCAGUAAAGAAAUCUCUUCAACUGUUGAGAAUUGUCAGUAGACAUCAUUUUGGUUCAUGCACAUUUAGAUUUAGUUCUCAUAAAUAUUAUAACUUUACCUACUUUUUAGCAUUUGCAAAAUUAUGUUGCUUCUUAUCCUGAAAUAUAUUUAUACGUUAAAGAAAUGUACUUUAUGAUAUAGAAAUAAAAAUACUUUGUGUCUCAGGUAGCAUUGUUUAAAAAAUGUAUACAUUAUUUUUUGUGUAAUAAGAGUUUUUCUUUAAUACUCAAUAGUUCACUAUUUAUUUAUGUUAGUAGGUGUCAUAAUUUUUAGAGGAUGUAUUACAGUAUGUUUGAAACCAAGUAAUAGAAAAGGUGCUUUUAAUUGAUUUAAAAAAAAAUAUUAUUUGUUCAUUAGAUUUUAAGUGCUCAUUUAAAUACAAUGCAAUAAGAAGUUGUUUCUACGAGCAUGUUUAGUACUCUUUUCAUUAUGGGGAUUAACCUCUAACAGUGUAUUUUAGAUAAUACUUACUAUAAUUUUAUAUGAUGAGAUCUUGUAUUAUUUGAAUGUGAUUUUGAUGAAAGUAAUUGUUUAAAAUGAAAAAUACAUAAUGUAAUGAAUUUUUCCCAAGUAAUUUCUGUGCUGAGAAAUGAGGGAACUAAUAAAAUUCUAAGCCCCCCCCCCCCAAAAAAAACUAUUUGGGAAGGGAGGCUAAAAUUGUAACUUGGUAGAGAUAAGCCUUUCUAGACAUGCCACUGGUGAUUACAUUUGAACAUGAUGAAAAAGAUUCAAUCAAAUAAAUAAUUACUAAAAAAAAA